UCGCGCCUAAGUCCCAAAACCAUAGAUUUCAGGCGGCGGACUGUUUGUAGCCGCCUGACAACGGCACCAUCUCGUGGCAUUGACUGGCGCAUGCCACAACCUCCGUCGGGCGGUCAGCAUCUGGGAGGGGGUGGAGGAGGAGACAAAGGAGACGGCGGAGGUGGCGGAGGAGACGGCUCACAGUUUGCCAGAAAGGGGACGGGCGAGACAUCGUCGGUAGAGAAGGCGUCCGGCGGAAAGGGGUCGGGCGGGAAGGACUCGGGCGGAAAGGGGUCGGGCGGGAAGGGGUCGGGCGGGAAGGGGUCGGGUGGGAAGGGGUCGGGCGGAAAGCGUAGAACGUCCGGGAGUCCCCAGUAUAUGGAAACUGACCCCCACUAUGUAGGGAGUCGAGAUUCCAACAUGCAAGACGAGGCCACCCUGAGGUCUAAUCAAACUCGAGACUGGCGGUUUCGCGACGUGGUAGAGGGGCCCACUGCAGGGGUGUUGGAGACCGAUGGUGGCGAGUAUGAACGUCAUACUUCUGGGGAAGAGGACCGCUCUCUGGGAACGCGUACUGUACAUCGGGAAGAGGAGACUCAACGCUGGCAGUCUCGCAAAGUGUUGGAGACCGGGGGUAGCGAGUGUGAACAUCAUGCUUCGGAGGAUGCGUCCGUGGACACUGACGGCGAGAGUGCAAGAGCUCCGGGGGAAACGCAUGCUCUACAGCGGGGAGAGGAGACUCGUCAGUUUCCGACUCAGGAAGACGUGAAGGGGCUACACGCACGAGCGCUGGUGAUCGGGACGUUCGAAGAGGUUCUGCACAGUCGUUUGGCUGUGGCCACGACGCGAGAGGGUGUCGUUAAGGGAGGUCAGUGGACGUUCGUGCAAGCUCCCGUUCUUGGCGACGAUGAAGACGAAGAAAAACCCGCGGUGGAAGCUCGGGUUCAUGGCGAUGAGAAAGGCGGAGAACCCGUGGUGGAAGGCGGUGAAGUGACUGUCGGCAUCCUGACGGAUCCACAGCAGAAAGAUGGUGAUUCUUCGCCCACCCGUUGCGGUGAAGAACAGGGUGGUCGAGCAUCUGUCUUAAGCACCGCUCGGGGAAUGGUGCUUCAUGAAGCCAUAGAGUUGGGUGACGACUCGACUGCCAACGAGCUGGUUAGCGACUCAGGCUUGGCCGAGAUGCAGAACGUCGAAUACUCCGUGGAAGGCGGUGAGGUGGCCGUCAGCAUCAAGAUGGAUCCAGAGCGGAAACAUCAUGAUUCUCCGUCCACCUGUUGCGGUGCAGAACAGGGUGAUCGAGCAUCAGUCCUCAGUACCGAUUGGGAAAUGGUGCUUCAUGAAGCCAUCAACUUGCCAAGCGACUCGGCAGCCACCGAGCUGGUUAGCGACACAGCCGUGGCCGAGGUGCAGAACCUCGAAUCGUCCGUGGACGUUGAUGCAGUGGCGCGACAGGAGGGCGAGUUCCCUCAAAGGGCUCCCGAGCACGUUGGGGCUACAUCAUGUUUUCGCGUUCCGUUGCCUACUAAGGAGCUUAGCGCAACGGACUUGAGAAUGUUGCCGAACGUCUGCGGAGAUUUCAGCAACGGCUACGAGGUGGUAUCCUCGGUUCGCAAAAGGGUCAGUUCAAUUCCGUUGACCAGAAGAAGUCUUCAAACUUUUGUUCAAGAGGAAUGGCUUUCCGACGAGGUGGCGGAGUCGUACUUGGCCUUGCUUGCCAACGCGGUGUUGCCUGGGUGUCCCUCUCUUUACAUUUUCAGUCCCUUUUUUUAUACCAAGCUCGUCCGUGGCGGCUAUCAACAUGAUAGGGUUGCGAGAUGGACAAAAGAUGUGGAUAUUUUCUCGUACGAGAUGGUCUUGAUUCCUGUCCAUAAACAUGGAGUGCAUUGGACCCUACUAUGUCUCCGAGAACAACGGUUGGAGUACUACGACUCUCUCGUACAAGACAAUGGCGGUUUUUCUUCCAAUGUGAUUGCGAACUUCACGCAAUACCUCCGUGACGAAGCAGUUUGUCAUUAUGGUCAAAAAACGAAAGUGAAUCUCCAGGAGCCCAAGGUGGUUGUUCGUGGUGUCCCUCAACAAUCGGACAGGUCGAGCUGCGGUGUUUUCAUGCUCGCCUUCGCUUCAUUUUUUGCCCGCGACUGUCCGCCACCAUUUUCAAUAGCCCAACGCGAUAUUCCAAACAUCCGGCUGAGGAUUGCGGUGGACAUACUCCAAGGUGCUGAAUGAUACAUUGUUGUUAAAAUACGCGUAGUUUUUUUUUCGAAAUGCCAUGAGCAGAAGUGCGAAUUUAUUCCUACUUGAUCUUCAAGUCGGCCGGUUCGAGUUGUGCUGUUGGUUUGAUGAGGUACCGGAUUGCAGAGGACGUUUUGGUCAAGUAAACGCUUAGGUGUCGA